AUGGAAACGAAUACCGUGCAAACGGUCACGCUAACUAACAGCAUCAUCGGCGUGGGCAUACUUUCUAUGCCCUUUUGCUUUCAACGGUGCGGUAUUGUGCUGUCAAUAUUGCUUCUACUGCUCAGCAGUUAUGUUACCCGUUUGGUGUGCAGCUACAUGGUUAAAUCGGCCAUAAUUUCAAGACGGAAAAACUUUGAACAAAUUGCAUUCUACGCAUUUGGUUCUGGCGGAAAAUUGCUCGUUGAGCUAUGCGUCGUCGGCUACCUGUUGGGCACGUGCAUUGCCUACUUCGUAGUUGUCGGUGACCUUGGUCCCCAAAUCACGGCCAAAAUCCUGUCCAUGCACGAAAGCGAUAGUCUUCGAACAUGGGUUAUGAUCGUGGUUACUAUCGUUUGCAUCAUUCCGUUAGGAAUGUUACGAAAUGUGGACAGCCUAGCGUCGGUUUGUACGGCCUCGCUAGGGUUCUACCUGUGUUUGGUGCUUAAGGUUGUUUCGGAAUCGAGCGAAAGGUUUCAACACACGGGUUGGUUCGAGCGGCUGGAUUUGUGGAAUUGGAGCGGGAUAUUGCAGUGCAUGCCCAUUUUUACUAUGGCUCUAUCCUGUCAGAUGCAAAUAUUUGAGGUGUACGCAACGAUGCCCACCACAUCGCUGGAUAAGAUGAGCCGUGUCAUCCGACAGUCGACAAACAUCUGUACGAUGAUAUACGUUGCGAUCGGUUUCUUCGGGUAUGUGGCCUUCAAUGGGCACCGGUUCUCCGGCAACAUUCUCGUCGAUUUUACUCCCUCGUUUGCUAGUGAUAUUAUCAAGAUGGGAUUUGUGCUUUCGGUUGCGUUUAGCUUUCCGCUAGCAAUCUUUCCCUGCCGGGUGAGUCUUUACUCGCUGCUGUACAAGCGUGCCUCGGAUGGACACAUGUACAUUCCCGAAUCAAAAUUUCGACCACUCACGAUAGCGAUCGUGGUUGUGGCGCUUAUAUUUGGUUUGAUGAUACCAUCGAUUGAGGUGGUUAUAGGGCUGGUCGGUUCUACGAUUGGGGUUGCGAUAUGUUUGAUCAUACCGGCAGCAUGCUACAUGACGAUCUGCAAAACUAACAUAAGCGAAAAGCAACUUGCCCAGGUAAUGAUAGCGUUUGGGUUUAUCAUCAUGGUGCUCGGAACGUUCGCCAACCUGCAGGCGAUCGAUCGUGCACCGGAACGAAAGUAUGAUCCCACUGUUCCACCGGUUGUGCUAGAAAAGCUCGUCGUUAAACCGGUGCCGAUCGUACCGGAUAAAAUGGUGGACGAUCCCAAACCGCCCGCUUUGCCGGUAGAAUCCGUAACGGAGAAGAUCAAACCAAAGAUAGAACCACCAUACGAGGCGGUACCGGAACCAGGAAAGUCAACAAAUGUCGAAGGAGAGUUGAAAAAGGAUGCGCUGGAUGGGAUAGGAUCUAAAAACGUUCCACCGAACGGCGUUGAAGCACCACCCAAAGACACGCGAGCAGUGAUCAAUAACGAGGCUAUACUGAAGGAAGAGCGUGAAAUAGCAGUGGAAGAGAAGGAUAAGAUAGUGAAGGAAAUCAGUGAGCUGAAAAACGCGAAAAAAGUACUUGAAGCCGAGGUGGAAAACAUUAAAGAAGAGUUGGUGAAGAAAAACAAAGAAACGGAACAGUUGGUGCUGAAGAAGUUGGAUGAGAUAGUGGAGAAAAUAGCCGAACAGAAGGUUGGCAUUGGAUCGCGUGAAGAGGAUCCACCGGUAAAUCGGAACGCUGCACCGGAACGCAUUCUCCCGGAGGCAAUACCUAACGGAAAGCAAGAUCUUGGACAGAUGCCAAGCGAUCCGAUCGUGAAGCUGCUGAAGGCGGGUGGAAACAAUAAAUCGAUCCCGCAGGAUGGUGUGCAUCUUCAGGGGAGAAGUGUGGGAAAUGAUACAGAGGAUCGUAACGCACCACAACCCGAUAUGGAUCGUGUAGAUCCGGUAGAAGGUGCAGGAGCAGGUGCAUUACCCGUCGAACGGACACCUGAAAUAGAAGCAAAACACUUGGAGAAGGAAGAGGAGAAAUAUGAAAAGGACGGCGACAAGCGUGUUAUAAAGCCACCAGCCGUACUAGUGCUGGAAAGCGGCAAUAAACAAGCAUCACAAAGUCGGCCUGAUCCCCCGAAGUAUGAAGUUUCGCCGAAUGCAGAUUCUACCAACAAUGCAAAGGCUAGCGAAGUAGGAGCGAAACUUCAUCCACCUGGGGACGAUGAUAAGCUCAAAGAGAAAAAUGUUCCAUUACCUCCCUUGCCGGUGGAGGUGCCGGCGGAAGCACCGGCCAAAGUUGUUCCCACCGAGAAGGUGGACCAAAAGCAGGAAAGCAUUGCCGAUGAAGCGAUGGCAGGCAAGCGGGAUUUGUUGGCAAUGCGCUUGAAGCGUGAAGCGAUUAAUCCGCACGAGCCGGAAAACUGUCCAAAACGAAGCGCAUCCGCCGAAGUGGAUGGAGAGUAA